GGGGUUGAUAAGACCUGGACCCCACUGGUCCCACAACCGUGCCGACUGCUGCCCGUGCUGCCAGAACUAUGAGGGUCCUCUCUGGCACUAGCCUCAUGCUCUGCAGCCUGCUGCUGCUGCUCCAGGCCCCGUGCAGCCCUGGCCUCGCCCCCCAGUCCAGAGGCAAUCUCUGCCGGACGCGGCCCACGGACCUGGUGUUUGUUGUCGACAGCUCUCGCAGCGUUCGGCCUGUUGAAUUUGAGAAAGUGAAGGUAUUCCUGUCCCAGGUCAUCGAGUCGCUGGACGUGGGGCCCAAUGCCACCCGGGUGGGCAUGGUCAACUAUGCCAGCACUGUGAAGCAGGAGUUCUCGCUGCGGGCUCACGUCUCCAAGGCCGCACUGCUGCAGGCUGUGCGCCGUAUCCAGCCGCUGUCCACAGGCACCAUGACUGGCCUGGCCAUCCAGUUCGCUAUCACCAAAGCCUUCGGCGAUGCAGAGGGUGGUCAUUCCAGGUCCCCUGACAUCAGCAAGGUGGUCAUCGUGGUGACAGACGGGAGGCCCCAGGACAGCGUGCAGGACGUGUCUGCGCGGGCCCGGGCCAGCGGCGUCGAGCUGUUCGCCAUCGGAGUGGGCCGCGUGGACAAGGCCACGCUGCGGCAGAUCGCCAGCGAGCCGCAGGACGAACACGUCGAUUACGUGGAGAGCUACAGCGUCAUCGAGAAGCUGUCCAGGAAGUUCCAGGAGGCCUUCUGCGUGGUGUCAGACCUGUGCGCCACAGGGGACCAUGACUGUGAGCAGGUGUGCAUCAGCUCCCCGGGAUCCUACACCUGCGCCUGCCACGAGGGCUUCACUCUGAACAGCGAUGGCAAGACCUGCAAUGUCUGCAGUGGUGGUGGUGGCAGCUCGGCUACUGACCUGGUCUUCCUCAUUGACGGAUCCAAGAGUGUGAGGCCAGAGAACUUUGAGCUGGUGAAGAAGUUCAUCAAUCAGAUCGUGGAUACGCUGGACGUGUCAGACAAGCUGGCCCAGGUGGGGCUGGUGCAGUACUCAAGCUCUGUGCGCCAGGAGUUCCCCCUGGGUCGCUUCCACACCAAGAAGGACAUCAAGGCGGCUGUGCGGAAUAUGUCCUACAUGGAGAAGGGCACAAUGACCGGGGCUGCUCUCAAGUACCUCAUUGACAAUUCCUUCACUGUGUCCAGUGGGGCUAGGCCCGGGGCCCAGAAGGUGGGCAUUGUCUUCACUGAUGGCCGGAGCCAGGACUACAUUAAUGAUGCUGCCAAGAAGGCCAAAGACCUCGGCUUUAAGAUGUUUGCUGUGGGUGUGGGCAAUGCCGUGGAGGAUGAGCUGAGGGAAAUAGCCUCAGAGCCUGUGGCAGAGCACUACUUCUACACGGCUGACUUCAAGACCAUCAACCAGAUAGGCAAGAAGUUGCAGAAGAAGAUCUGUGUGGAGGAAGACCUGUGUGCCUGCGAGUCCCUGGUGAGAUUCCAAGCCAAAGUGGAGGGGCUGCUGCAGGCCCUGACCAGGAAACAUAUCCCUUCCCAGAGGGGGCUGGGGCCGGGGAGGGCUGUGAGUAAGCGGCUGGCCAUCCUGGAGAACACAGUCGUCUAA